UUUGAUUGUUUUUCAUUAUUCUAGGUUAGGCAAGUAUGACAAGACAAAGAAGAUUACAUGAUCCUAAUUGGAUUAGGUUAGAAUGCGUUAACAAUGUGUGACAUUAGCAGUUUUGAUAGACUUAGCUCAGUCUGUGGUUUUUAUAGACAUUAAAAAUAUUCAUACACACAUAAAAUAAUUCAAUUUGUACACGUGUGUCUGUUCCCGUGCCAUUACUAAAACAAUUAUGUAACCAUGUUUAAGUCAUGUAUGUAAUUUCAUGAAAAAUUAAUACAGUAUUAGAAUACAUAGAUUAAGCUUCAUUUACAGAUAGGUGUAUAGCAUUCUAUAGUUUUAGAUCCAUAAGUUUGUUUACUAGUAUUGUAGCUAGCUUGGAUCAUUAUUAUCAUACAGAUAUGAAUAUUUCUGAUGUUGGCAAUAUCAGGCGUACAGUCGACGACAGAAAAAUGAAUUUGCUGUGCAAUAACCAUAGACAAUAGUUCUUGUUUUAUGGAAGGUGUUCUUCUUGUAGACUGUACAAAGCAGAUGUAAACACCGUUCUUCCCAACGCUUGUCUAUAGCUAUUACUUCGCUAAAUUACUGUCAGACACUAUCGGCAGUGAGAAGCUUUGUGCGUAAUGCAGUAAAGUGAACAAAAGCUCAAUUAUAAUAUUUGUAGCUAAAAUUAGAUUUUAUAAAAAAUAGCAUCUAACGGUGUUAGACGUAGUUCACCAAGUGUAUUGUGUACAAUAUUGCCUUCGAGGAUGACGGGCUUUGAAGAAGAUGCUGAAUCAGCAAUUGAUAUUUUACCGGACGAAAUACUUAUACAUAUUAUUAAAUAUUUACCUUUGGAAUCAAUACUAGCCUGCGAAAAUGUGUGUCAACGGUGGAGAAAACUGGCGCGAGACGCGAGUGUGUGGAGACCUAUUCAAAUUGUUUACUCUGGGAAACCAGGACAAAGCGAAGUGAGCGAGAAAAAUCUAGAGAUCAUCUCAACGCACAGCGAACGAAUAUACCAUCUGAAGAUUCAAUACGUCUACAGCUACCCAUUCAUAAAAUCAAUCUUAGAAAAAUGCGACAACUUACUGUCUCUAGAGGUAGUGAUGUGCCGAGUCGGCAAAGAAUUUGACGACGACAUUAAAAAAUGGCCCAACUUAAGAAAACUAAAUAUGAAGAACACUCUACUUCUAUUGACAAACGAGGACUUGCCGAUACGGUAUGAUCAAUUCCAAGAUCUCAACUAUUUGUCGUUGUCAGAUUUCGGUCUGACAUCUGCAAACUGUGAUAGCCUUCUAAGUUGUAAGUAUCUAAGUCAUAUACUAAUAGAGAAGAUUAGAAACCUCGAUGUAGAGUUUAUUACCCAAUUGAUUGUUUCAAAGAAAAACAUUUUACAAACCCUUCACAUUUAUGGUGGGGAAGCUAUAAACGAUAAUUGUUUAUGUUUGUUGUCACAAUGUCCAUUGUUGAAAGACUUGGCAAUAAUAAGAUGCGAGAAUCUCACUGACGUAGGUCUGGUCGGUUUGGCCAAGUUAAAAAGGAUAGAACAUUUACAAAUAUGGAACAAUGUGCAAUUCACUGAAAUUAAUUUGCUUAAAACUUUGAGCAGCGAUAAUUUGGUAAAACUCCAAAGUUUGAGUCUUUCUAGAAUAGGCAACGUUUCGCCAGUCAUUGUCGACGUUAUUUCUGAAUAUUACAAGAAUCUUAAAUUUUUGGCAGUGUAUCAGUGCCCGAGAAUAAUUAACACAGAUUAUGAGAAACAACUGAAAUCUAAGUUCAGAAAUAUUGAUGUUGUGUUGUAUUAAGGUGUUGAAAGUGAGAGUUGUGUAUUGUCAAUAUGUUCAGAAUAUGGCUGGUUUAAAAAAACAUAUUAUUUCAAAACAUUAAACAAAAUAAACAAACAUUGACAAAAUAAAUGUAAAAAAAAGUGGCGAAUUCGCCAAAAGCGGUAACAAACUGUGGAACUUCAAAAUAUACAAUUUACUUCGAUAGUUUGAUAAUGUAAAUGUUACAUAUUAUAUUAUUUAUAUCGUUAUAAGCCGUAACCCCAAAAAACGGGUUUAAUUUGGUUAUUGUUACGACAAAAUUAUGUAAAAACUUACAUACCUACUUUUAGUUGCAAAUGUAAUGGCAUUUUACAAUUUUAUAUUGAUGCCCACAAUCCGUUACAAAGUACACUAAUUCGGUAAAUUAUUACAAUAUUUUCACUUACUUUUGGUAAAAUUAACUAGCACGUUAACCUAGGUAUGUUAUUUAAAUUUUCAGUUGAAAGACGUAUUGAUGUAUUAAAUAAUUAUCAGAAUAAUUUGUUCUUGAUAGUCAAGUGAAAGAUUGUAAUAACAAAAAUAAAUGUUUUGUUACGGAUUCGAGCUUUACGGUAAUUAUUUAUCAACCAAAGAUAUACACAAUUUUAAUUAAAUAACGAGAUCGAUUAGUUAUAUUAAUGAAUGUUAGUACACACGUUUAAAUAAAAGUACUUAGACAGAUAA